AUGGAUCUAACACCUGGUGCCAUUGGCUGUGCUUUGUCCCACAUGCAGAUAUGGCUGGACAUCAUGAAGCACCACGGGGAAGGCAAAUACCACGGGAAUGAGCGGAGCCAGUUUCUGGUGGUGGAAGACGACUGCGAGUUUGCCCCAGAUUUUUCCGAUGAGCAGGUGGAGGCCAGACUGGCAGAAGUGCCGGAUGACUGGCAGCUAGUCUUCUUGGGUGGCGUGGAUGCCAUGGGUCUCCAGCCUUUGCUGCAGAUCUCUCCGGGCGUGAGGAGAGUUUACAAUGGUUCGCGCGAAACGACGGCCUACGUGAUCAACGUUGAAGGUGUCCGGGAAGCUCUGAGAGUGUGCUUCCCGCUGUGCUGGCAGCUGGACACCAUGCUGACUCUGAACUCGCGAUUGUGCGAUCCGCCACUCUGGGUCAGCGAGGACAUGAUGCUCUCCUACACGGUUAGGCCCAUGAGCUACAUCCUCUGGCCGCCCCUGGCGGUGCAGAACAAAAGAGACUUCCGAACUGACGUUCAGAAGGAUGAGCAUCCGGAGUUUCUUCGAUCCAACAGCUACAACGUCGCGCCUACGAUUAUCGACGCCCCGUUGCCCGCGACCUCUGCAUUGCUCGCCUUUGACGAGUUUGAUGCAGAGGUCUUGGAAAGGACCUACGCUCUUGUGGGUAGUUGGGAUGAUUGGGCAGCUUUCCAUCCCUUGCACUUCUCUGGCAUGGGUCGCGAGGCACUGGUGGCUGAGGUAGACAUCCCUCCUGGUGCUCCUGUGGAGUUCCAAGUGGUGCGCGACAACGACUGGAAUCAGCGCUUUUUCCCCGAGCGCGACGGCCAGAUUUCUUGGGGCGGCAACCAGGAGGCCCACGGCAAGAAUUGGAAGCAGGAGGUUCCUUUGGGUCCUCCGAAGAAGCUUCACGUCUCCUGGGACCCCCGUGGUGCAGGCCGCUUGGAGCAUCACCUCGGCGAGGCCACCAACUUGGCCUUAGCAAGGCCCUACGCCCUCAGCGGCAGCUGGGAUGGGUGGACGUCACACACGGCAUUUGUCCACUCCGAAGAGAGACCAGGCACUUACGUGGCGGCUGUCGAAGUCCCGGCAGAUGUCCAGUUGGAGUUUCAAAUCGUCUGCGAGGGUGAGUUUGAGGCCAUCGCAGUUGCUGUCCCCGGAGAGGCUGUCCUGCACAGGAAAGAGUUGGCCUGGGAGAUGUCGCUGCUCGUGCUGCUGUCCGUCCUUGGCCUUGCCCAGAGUUCGACGACAGUCAGGCAGCUCGGUGAUGGCGACAAAUCCAGCCCCGGAGCCCAUGUGGCCAUGUCAAAAGAUGGCAGCAAACUCGUCUACGGAGUCAACGGCGGUUCGGCUUACACCAGCUCGGACUCCGGCGCCAAUUGGGAUAUGACGACGGGCAUGAUGUUUUCGUUGGCGGGCUGGCAGGGUGUUGCCAUCUCCCCCGACGGCACUAAGAUCGCCCUCGCGGCGAUGAAAAAUGGAAUUUUAAUGGGAAGUGAAGACUUCGGCGCCAGCUGGCAGGAUGCAGACCUUCCGCUAAGCUUCGAUUGGGUAGACAUCGAUGUGACGAACGAUAACUGGGUCACUGCUGUCGCGGAGAACGGUGCAAUUGCAAGCAGCAUUAAUGGUGUCAUGGGCCCCUUCUUCCUGCACAACUAUUCUUCCAUGCAGUUGCGAUUCAGUACCGUGGUCACGUCUCCAGACUUCACCUACAUUGUGGCGCUUGCAGACCGGUGGGGUAAUGGGCUUGGAAGCAUCUACAUCAGUACGGAUGGUGGCCAAACCUUCCCUCAGUCCAACAGCUCGGAAGCUGUAAAUGCGUCUGAGUUGUGGGACUUUGCCAUGUCGGCCGAUGCCAGGAUCCAGGUAUGUUGCCGGCCCAACCCGGGUUCGGGCGUCGUCGCACUUCUCAGUGGCGAUGGUGGGAUGACUUGGGGGACCGACUACUGGCUGGGUGGUAUCCAGGACUUGUGGGACUGUCAAUCCGCAGCCCUGAGUGGGGACGGAUCGAUGGCGGCGUUUUCCGGUUGGGGUCAAAAUCCAUAUGUGGUUACUUUUACACCCACGUAUCCAACCACCACCACCACCGGUACCACCGCCACCAGCACCGUCACCACCGUUACCGCUACAACCGUGACGACAACCACCGUGACGACAACCACAGUCACGGCCACCGACACCUCCACGGCCACAGCCGCCAGCGACGCGACCGGCAAUACAACGACCACAAUGGCACCGGUCCCCAGCGUCCUUGAAGUUUCUUUUCAAUUGACUGUGGACGACCCCACCACGAUUACCGAGAACGAUACGUUGAAGGAUGCCAUGGUUCAGGGGGUUGCUUCCUCCCUGGGGGUGGAUCCGUCGCUGGUGACCCUGGAAUUUCAGGAGGUGCCAUCUCGGCGUCUUGCAAGGAGUGUUCAGGCCACCACGCUUCUGGCUAUCUUCAAAGUGUCCCUCCCCAGCAAGCAAGCGGCCGAGUCAGCGAAAGCAAGUUACGAUCAGCUCUCACUGACCGAGGCCACCGCCGACAUCACAAGCUUCUUAGCGGACGCAGGCUAUUCGGGCACAGUCGAGGUCACCGGCAAGACUGCGACUGUUGCCACCACCACCACCACCACCACCACCACGUCCGCCACCACGGCCACAACCGCCAGACCGGAUGCUGCCAAUGUCGCGACGUCGCAGGUGGUGAGUGCGGCCCUGGCCUUCUUGGCAGCCAGCCUCUCUUCAAUAUUCUGA